AUGUCAUUGCCACCGUUCCCUGUACCUUCACCUAUGCCUUCGCUUCAAUUCCCUUUCACCGAUCCUACCACUCUUGCUGCAAAUGUUGCAGCUAUGGUCAACUUCAGUCAAUUUGGAAAUACGGUGACUCCCCUCUCAACGAUUUCAGCUCCUAUUCCCACUUCCACCACUCGACCACCCCAAACUUUUCCCUCAACAUCAACCUUUCAACACAUGGUUGAUCAAAUCAACAUUGACAAUGUUGUUGGACAUUCAACAAAGCUAUUGGAAGGACCUUCAAAUAUAUCUCUACCCUCUACUUCUUUCAACAUUGGAGUGUUAUGUGGCGAUACAUUGGACACUUUAGCAACGUCCACACCGAUCCCAAUGCUUAUUAGAAAUCGAAGAGGGAAAAGAAGCGAGGAUAACUCAGCCGCUGAUGUAAACACUCCUGAAUGGGUCGUAAAACAAGCCGAAACUUUACUCCCCAAAGUGUUUCAAGAUGUUUAUGAAUCUUCGAAAUCAAAAGAGAAAAGCACAGUGACAAUAUUAAAAGAGAUCUAUCGAACGCAAUCCGGAACCCACUUGCAACCAGAUCAAGAGGAGGCUGAUUUCAAGCGGCGGUUGCAUAGCUUUGCCAUGGUGCAAGUAGAGAAUGCAAAGAAUCCUCGUUCAAAAGGGAAUAAUGAUUCAAUUAAUGGAGAGAAUUCGAAAAGUAUGAUUGGAAAUGAGCGUGAUUGGGCUUUUAAUAAGAAUCGAUGUACUGAAGCUGCUCGUAAACGCCGUGAAAGGAUGUCUGAUGAGGAAAAACAAGAACAAAAAAUGAAAUGGGCAGAAGCUGCGAGGAGAAGAUACCACAACUUGUCAACGGAUCAGAAGAAAGCUUUAGGGCAAAGGCAAGCUGAGAGAAAGAAGAGAAAAUUAAUGGAUGGAACUAUUGGAGUAUCAUCAGCACCAAUUCCAGAGCCAUCGAAUUCACAAAGUGUUCCACCGCCACCAGAACUCCCUAUACAUCAUGAAUUGUCCGCUUCAUCUCUCUACCUGUUGAAGGACAUCGGCUAUAACACGCUUAGGUUU